AUGAAGCGCCUUGCCAGCUUGAAGAGCUCCUCGGAGUCGAGCACGAAUCGCUGGACGAAUAGACGGCACAUCAGCACCAAAGGAAAGAAGAACGGCGCCCAAUCCAACAACCCGUAUCCUCUAUCCGGAACCAUCAGCCGCCCGGCUGCACAGAAUAAUCCAAAUGGCUCGUAUUCAGAGCUCGGAGAGCGUGACUUCCGGGGAUCUCGCUCACGAAGCGACCCUUCGCUUGUCUAUUCGGGCUAUGAGCAUGCGGCCCCCGCCGCGAGCGCAAAGUCGAAUGCGCCCACUCUUUCCACGAACGGUGACACAGCAGCCUCGGAGGCGGCAUAUUCCAACAAGGCUGGAACAUUGGCAACAGGUGGCGGAGGACUUAGUUCCCAUGGAGGGGGAGAGGGCAGCACUUUUUCGUCGCCGGCUCCAUCGGUGCGAUCUUUGACGACGACCCUGACGACUGUACAGUCGGCAGCACCCUCAACCCAACUGUACCCCGCGCAAAACACACAACAUGGCCACGGCCACGGUAGCUCCACCCAGAGCUCAACCCAUCAGCAGGUGCAAUUCUCCCACCAGUUCCCUUCGUCAUCCACGACCGCAACCGCCGUCCCCCCGCACCUCCUGCCCCAGGGCAACUCGAUGACAUACAGUACUGCUACGGCCAACAACGUCCUGACCGACAACGCAUCCAUUCUUACCCUGGCCAGCUCCUCCAAGCGCCGUCGUCGGAACUCCCUGGACACCAACGCAUCCGUUCGCGCGCUAGCGCCGUCGUCGAUUUUCGGCGGCAGCCGCGAGAGCUUGCCUCUGAGCAUUCUCAGUGGAAACCCGGCCGAGCCAUCCAACACAUCCGCUUUCAAUGCACCGGGCGUUCUCAGCCGACCCAGCAUGGCCGGCCUUGCCAGUGCCGAGCGAAUCAGUGUCUACUCGUCCUCAGGGGCCCCGCCGCUUGGUAGCGCUACCGGGGAGCGAACCAGCCUCCACACAGCCCGGCCGAGCCCCGGAGCAGGCGAUGCAGCCAGCAUUCGCAGUGGGGUGCAGUCGCACAGUCGCAAUGACAGCACGGCAGCCAGCAUUUCCGGUGGUGUUGGCAGCCCGCUCGCCAUGGCGCCUGGCCGCAUCAGUCGCCGGAGUUCCGGCUGGGGAGAGAUCACUGGUGACGAGAAUGAUGGCGAGAGGCCUGUCGAGCGAAAGGAUGACGAAAAAGCGGUGACCAAGACACACGACGACUCUCAGGAUGAGGCGAAGCAGAACUAG